UCACCCUUCAAUCUCCUGUCAAGGUGUCCCUUUGGAGACUGAGUGCCGGGUAGCCCAUUGAUGAGGCACAGACAUGUCUCCUCCCAGGAUGCAAAGUGUCACUUCUUUGGACUGGUCUCUAUCAUCAUAAAUGCCUUGAGAAUGGAAUGUGGUUGGAAAAAAAGGGAUUGGGAAUACAUAGGUACUCCCAGGUAUAAAUACACAGGGGCGCCAGUGGAGGUUUUCUGAACAUGGAUCCAACCACCCCGGCCUGGGGAACCGAAAGUACAACAAUGAAUGGAAAUGAUCAAGCCCUUCCUGUGCUUUGUGGCAAGGAGACCCUGAUCUUUGUCCUCCUGAUCCUCUUCAUUGCCCUGGUAGGGCUGGUAGGAAACGCGUUUGUGCUCUGGCUCCUGGGCUUCCGCAUGCGCAGGAACGCCUUCUCUGUCUACCUCCUCAGCCUGGCCGGGGCCGACUUCCUCUUCCUCUGCUUCCCGAUGAUAUAUGGCCUGCAGUACCUCAUUAACCUCGUCCAUCCCAUCUCCAUCAAUUUCCCUAGCUCCUUCGCCACUGUGAUGACCUGUGCCUACCUUGCAGGCCUGAGCAUGCUGAGCGCCAUCAGCACCGAGCGCUGCCUGUCCGUCCUGUGGCCCAUCUGGUACCGCUGCCGCCGCCCCAGACACCUGUCAGCAGUCAUGUGUGUCCUGCUCUGGGCCCUGUCCCUGCUGCUGAGCAUCUUGGAAGGGAAGUUCUGUGGCUUCUUAUUUAGUGGUUAUGACUCUUUUUGGUGUGAGACAUUUGAUAUCAUCACAGCAGCGUGGCUGAUGUUUUUAUUUGUGGUUCUCUGUGGGUCCGGCCUGGCCCUGCUGGUCAGGAUCCUCUGUGGCUCCCGGGGUCUGCCACUGACCAGGCUGUACCUGACCAUCCUGCUCACCAUGCUGAUCUUCCUCCUCUGCGGCCUGCCCUUCGGCAUUCAGUGGUUCCUAACAUUAUGGAUCUGGAAGAAUUCUGAUGUGUUAUUUUGUCAUAUUCAUUUAGUUUCAGUUGUCCUGUCGUCUUUUAACAGCAGUGCCAACCCCAUCAUUUACUUCUUCGUGGGCUCCUUUAGGAAGCAGUGGCGGCUACGGCAGCCGGUCCUCAAGCUGGCUCUCCAGAGGGCUCUGCAGGACACUGCUGAGGUGGAUCACAGUGAAGGAUGCUUCAGUCAGGGCACCCUGGAGAUGUCCGGAAGCAGUCUGGUAUAGAGAUGGACAGCCUCUACUUCCAUCAGAUAUAUGUGGCUUUGAGAGGCAACUUUGCCCCUGUCUGUCUGAUUUGCUAAACUUUCUCAGCCCUGAUCUUAAAACAGUUAAGAUAGUCCUUGUGAGGAUUAAGUGAGACAGUGCCUAUGAAACAAACACUAAGUGCAGUGUCUCUGGAACCGCCUUACUCACCGGCCUCCACCACAUCCCCAUGAGAGCCUUGCCAACUCUGGGGUCCAGAACUGUUCCCAUUUUUAAUGAAUCCUACCUUUGACAGAAGGCUGAAAGCAAUGCAGAAAAGGUCUACAUUUCUUUGGUCACUGCACUUGAUAGGGACUCAAAGAAUGUUAUAUUUUUAAUAAGUUUCUUUUUCUCUUCCAUACAAUUCCUGUCUCAACAAAAUUAGAAGAAUUAAAUUUAAAUCU